UGUUUGUACAAAUAGCAAAAUUCAUCAAUAGAAACUAUUUCUAAAGUCAGACCAAAUUGCGGCUGAGGACAGAGGAGUGACAACAAAUCGUUAAAUCAAUGAAGCUCUCAGUCAGAAAUUGUGGCGAUGAGGCGGCUGAGUUCAAGCAUAUCAAGCUCCAUUUCUGAACUGGCAGAGAGCAUGGCCUUAUUUAUUAAUUCAUAGCCAAGAACUCGAUCAAGCGCACAAUCGAAGAUUACGAACAGUAGAGAUUCAGAGAUUACAGCGAGAUACAGAGAGACGUAGAUGGCAUAUGAUCCGUGUCCCCCAGGGAAGAAGGCGUGGCCGGAGCUGGUUGGGGCGGACGGUGAGGCUGCGGCGGCCGCGAUAGAGAGGGAGAACCCGGCCGUGAAGGCCAUAGUGCUGCCGGACGGGACUCCGGUCACCAAGGACUUCCGCUGCAAUCGCGUCUGGGUUUGGGUCGACCCUAACGGCGUCGUCCUCCGCGAGCCUCGCGUUGGGUAGCGCCACUGUCGAUCCUCAUCUCCAUCGUGUAGCACCGAACAGUUACAAAAUCACAAUAAUAAAGUAAAAAACUGAGUUGGGCCGUAUGAGCUGGGCCUUAGAUGGGUUAAGACUAAUAUGGUCCAACUGACGCUCGGCCCAACUCGAGAUGUGGUCUUUAGAUUUCAACUGUUUUUAUUACCUGAUGUAAAAUAAAUAAAUCCAACAAUAAGUUGGAGAAACUUAUGAAGCUUUA